AUGAAUUCAAUAUUUCAACACUCUUAUUCUCCGCUGCGUUCAACUGCCACCAUUACCACCCUUCUUAAGCCCUGCAAGACCAUUCAUCACCUCUACCAAGUCCACGCCUCCAUCAUCCAACGAGGUCUAGAGCAAGAUCACCUCAUCAUCUCCCACUUCAUUUUUCUUUUCGCCUCCUUUGCCACCACUGCUUCAUAUUACACCGCCAUCUUCGACCGAGUCCUUGGCCCUUCCCCUUUCCUCUGGAACUCCCUCAUCGGAGCCCACACCAAAGAAAGUUACUUUUUCGAUGCCUUCUCUGCUUUUAUUCGCAUGAAGGCACAUGGGUCUCUUCCCGAUAGGUACACUUACUCUUCUGUGAUUAAGGCCUGUUUAAGCAUGUGCAGAUCCUGCAAAGGAAAAUUGCUCCAUGGCUCGACGUUAACGUGUUGGAUUGAAGGUGAUAUGUUUGUUGGAACCUGUUUGGUUGAUAUGUAUGAGAAAUUUGAAAAGAUUGGUGACGCUCGCAAGGUGUUUGAUCGAAUGUCUGAGAAGAAUGUAGUUUCGGCUAUGGUGGUUGGCUAUGUGAAGGUUGGGGAUAUGGUGGAAGCAAAAAGGCUUAUUGAUAAAAUGCCUCAGAGGAAUGUGGCAUCAUGGAAUGCAAUGAAAUGGGGUUUUGUGAAGGUGGGGGAUUUAGGCAAUGCUAGGGUAGUGCUUGAUGCUAUGUCGGAAAAGAGUAUUAUUUCUUUCACGAUCAUGAUUGAUGGUUAUGCAAAGGCUGGUGACAUGGCUACCUCAAGGGCCUUGAGAGUAUUUCUUGAGAUGGAAUCAAUGAAUGUGAAACCUGAUGAAUUCAUAUUGUUUCAUAUUGAUAUGAAACAUGACCACGUGAUUGCAGCACUUCUGGAUAUGAAUGCUAAAUGUGGAAACAUGGAAAGGGCAUUAAAAUUAUUUGAAGAAACACCUAACCGUGAUCGAGGGCAUUUACGGGAUGCUUAUGAGCUUAUAAAAUUUAUCAUAGCAGUUUAUAACCACCACUAUAAUUCUUCCAUUGGUCUUUUAACUCGGAGUGUCAUUGCAUAUGAUAGACUGAAAGUGAUUAGUGUUAAGACAUAUAUGGGUGACAAACAGGAAAGUACACCCUACCAAAAGCUUGUCAUCUGGCAGGUUUGUUGCUGGCGCUUAUCUCACCGCCGUGGUUCAUCUCCUCGCCGCCGCAAGCAACACCGUGUCACUGCUUUCAAGGAGCUUUUAUGA